CGGACGGUUAGGAUUCUAUCAGAACUGGCAGAGUGGAAUGAUCGAGGCUGCUCGCAAUUAUUAUCUGAUCGAGCAGGGGAGCGCUCUCGAUCGAAUGCGCCCAAAUAGACGCGGAAACAGCUACGGAGAGGAAGGGACGAAGCCGUACCCGACUCGUCCCUCCGCCGGACGCGCGAAAUAAAGAAGGGCGAUCUGUCGUCCCCUUCCUUCUUCCGCAGGCGGACGAGGUUACGCCCCAUGGAUUCUGCGUUUUGUGCGUGGCCUUCUGUUGAUUGAUCGAUCGAUCGAUUUCGUGUGCCAUGGAGAUGUUGAUUGGGUUCGUUCUGUAACGAUGGAGAUUCGGAUCCGGCGAAGGCGUGAUAGAUUCGGGUGUGGCGGCGGCGUUUUGGGGUUUGCAUCCUGGUCGUUCCUGUGUUCUCCUUGAUCGAGGCCUUGUAACGACUUCGAGGUCGGAUCUUUGACCUCCGAUCUGGAGGAAAAUGGAGGAGGAGCGUAGCUCUUGGGUGCUGAGGGCCAAGUUUUCCCACACGCCCUACCAGCGAUCGGGCUCUGCGCGAGUGAGCUUGGCCUCUGAUUUGGCCCUGCUGACCGAACCCAAUGAAUCGAAUUCGGGUGGCGCGUCGAGUUUGCCGUCGAACAGGUCCUCUUUUCGGUCUGGCUGCCAUUCCUUGCCGAGUCCGACGAACUCGCGCGUGGGACCGCGGGAGAAAAGCUCCGCAAAGAAGUCGAGUACCCGACCUGAUGAUGGUGGUCCGUCGGAGGCGAAGAAUCCGGGGAGCCCGAGCGCCCAGUGUUCUGAAUUCUCCUUCUAUCCCCAAGGAUUCCCGGCUCUGAAAUCAGGAGGAGCGAGUUCUGCCGCAGUCGUGAGCUGGAAAUUUCCGGUUUCUCGUCAGAAAGCAGAAGGCUUGAGUUCUACCAUGGGCGCUGCCUGUUCUGGAUGGGCAAAACUAGAUGCCAAUUACCGUCAUGAGCGGGAUCCUAAACCGAAACAAAGGUCGAUAUCACCUCUUCCGACCACCAUCCUCUCCGAGGUCUUCAAGGAAGCUCGUUCGAUCGGGAAAAGAUUCUCCACUCCGCCGCCGUCCAGGAAAAGGUGCGACAGAAGCCGUGAAAAUCACGAGCUUGCUUGGAGAACAGCUAUUGAAUCGACUCAUUCUAAUAAGUCGAGGGCCAGGAAGGAGACUUCUUGGGCGAGGUACUUUGAUCAUGGGACAGGGAAGGUCACUGCCUUGGAGACGACAGAGAAAUGGAACGUUGAUCUUUCCCAAUUGUACCUUGGGUUUAGGUUUGCCUGCGGUGCUCAUAGUAGGCUAUACCAUGGCGUCUACAAGGAUCAACCGGUUGCUGUGAAGAUCAUCAGGGAACCUGAUGAUGACGAAUAUGGAGUGAUGGCUGCACGACUGGAGAAGCAGUUCACCAGAGAAGUCACAAUGUUGUCACAUCUAUAUCACCGCAAUGUGAUUAAGCUCGCAGGGGCAUGGAAACAACCACCAGUCUUUUGCAUCAUCACCGAGUAUCUUCCUGGAGGCUCUUUAAGAGCAUUUUUGCGCAAGCUUGAGCACAAAUCUCUUCCUUUACAAAGAUUAAUUUCAAUUGCCUUAGAUAUCACACGAGGAAUGGAAUAUAUUCAUUCACAAGGAGUUAUCCAUCGUGACUUGAAACCUGAGAAUAUCCUUUUUGAUCAAGACUUAUGCAUAAAAAUUGUAGAUUUUGGAAUAGCAUGUGAGGAAGCAUAUUGUGAUGCAGUAACAGAGGACCCUGGAACUUAUCGCUGGAUGGCACCUGAGAUGAUCAAACAUAAACCAUAUGGACGGAAAGUUGACGUGUAUAGUUUUGGGUUAUUGCUGUGGGAGAUGGUGACAGGGACAAUCCCUUAUGAGGACAUGACACCAAUCCAAGCAGCUUUUGCAGUAGUCAAUAAGAACUUGAGGCCAACCAUUCCUACUGAUUGUCCUGCACCUUUGAGAGCCCUGAUAGAGCAAUGCUGGGGAGUACUUCCUGAGAAGAGGCCUGAAUUUUGGCAGAUUGUGAAGGUGUUAGAGCAGUUUGAAUCUGCUGUAGCUCAAGAUGGAACACUAAAUCAGCUUCAAAACUUGUCCUGCCAUGAGCACAAGAAACGAUUAGUCCAUUGGAUCCGAAAGCUGAAAACUCCCUCGCAUGCAGAUAGCUCAAUUGCCCAAAUGCCCAGACUGUUAUAACUUCUCUCUCUCUGCAACCCAUCACUUUCGAUGGACUUAUGCUGGUUUUGCCGUGGCGUUUCAUCCUUGAUCUGCAGAUUAUACCACGACUGAUCUCAAAGUUCUCUCUCAUCAGGUGCAGAAGUCGUCUCCAUCUCUCCGCGUACAAGGACACCUGGAUGCAUUAUUGUGCAUGAUAAACAGUCUAUAUUCUCCAUUGUCAGAUUAUACAUGUACCAUAGUAGCAGGAAGUAUCAUUCUUAUUAGGUCAAUUUCUAUUUUCUUAGAUGUAUAUUUGCGUAUUAGGUUUGUAGCAAUGCAUUUCAAAAUGGUUGAGGCAGAUGCUUUACUACUGAUCA